AUGGCUUUGAAAUGGGUAACUGAAAAUAUUGAAUAUUUUGGCGGCGAUCGGAAUCGAAUAACUGUGGUUGGACAGAGCGCCGGAGCUGUUUCUGCUGAUUUACUGACACUCAUCCCUCAGAGUAAAGAUCUUUUUCAUCGAGUAGUAUUAUUGGGCGGUAAUGCGGAAUGUCCAUGGGCCGUCUCUGAUUCGAAGAAAGUAGCCAAUUACUGCCGCCGACAUGUCGAAAAACUAGGAUGGCGAGGUAAAGACGAUACUCAGUUGAUGGAGUUUUUGCGCGGUCUGCCAGCUGCGAAACUUGGCGACGGUAUGAUCGGUAAUAAAGAGAUGUUCUCCACUGGACGUCUUCCGCUUACGCCAGUCAUUGACGGAGACCUGAUACCGUGUACGGUGGCCGAACUAAGAAAACAAGCGCCAACCAAGCCAUCUCUUGUGGGCCUCACGGAAGAUGAAGGCCUUCUUUUCGUUGCUAUGGGUCAUAUGGCGUGUGACAUGAAGGACAUUGAGCUUGGCGUACGUAUCGUGGCUGAAGCUGUGGAAGGAAGCGAUGCUAAUGUACGACAAUUUAUCAAUGAAAUUUAUCUGAAUCGUGGGAAUGGCAAUUUAAGUGAUAAAAGCAACAUUAGGCGUGCUUUUAUCGACAUGCUUGGCGAUCUAACAAGUAACUACGGGACGAGCUUGUAUGUCGAAAAGCUUAUUGAACGAGGUGAGACGGUUUAUAUGUUUUCGCUGGAACACUGCAAUCCAGCAUGCUAUGGUCUACUGAAUUUUUACCUCCCUUACAAAAAGGCAACGCAUGGCACCGAGCUCAUUUAUUUAUUUGACGUGAAUAUAUAUAUGUCACCAUUUUUUAAAACCGCAGUGGAUAAACAAAUCAGCAGAUUUAUGACACAUUCCAUAAGCAAUUUUGUAAAAACUGGUGAUCCAAACAGCGUUGGUGAUAAUGUGGAUGGAAAGCAAUGUCUCUGGAAGCCGGCUACUAUGCAGGCUAAAGAACAGCAUUUGAGAAUUGCCGAGGUCAGCGCAAUGCGCGAUGAAUUUAAAAAUGGAAGAAUGAAACGCCUGAAAAACGUUUUUGGCAGUGCGGUUUUAAAAUAA